GUGUAGCGGAAGUGGUACUGCCCUGAACGAUACGCUAAGUGAGACGGAGGACGGAGGCUGAAUCGUCCACAGAGCGAGCGAGAAGAAGAAAAAACAGUAGGAUUAAAAGUCACCGCAAUCACCAGGUGUGCCACGGCAAGGUGAAGCAAGUUCGUGUGAACUAAGAUAACGCACACACCACACAGUCUAGAAAAUGGAUAAGAGCGACCUGGUACAGAAGGCCAAGCUUGCUGAGCAGGCUGAGCGCUAUGAUGACAUGGCUUCAGCCAUGAAGGCAGUGACAGAGCAAGACUCUGAGCUGUCAAAUGAGGAGCGCAACCUUCUCUCUGUUGCCUACAAGAAUGUUGUAGGAGCGCGCCGCUCAUCCUGGCGCGUUAUCUCCAGCAUUGAGCAGAAGACUGAGGGCAAUGACAAAAAACAGGAGAUGGCACGUGAAUACCGGGAGAAGAUAGAAGCUGAGCUGCAAGAAAUCUGCAACGAUGUGCUUGAGCUACUGGACAAAUUUCUCAUUGCCAAAGCAUCUAAUCCUGAAAGCAAGGUGUUCUAUCUGAAAAUGAAAGGCGACUAUUAUAGAUACCUGUCUGAGGUUGCGUCUGGGGAUAAUAAGAAGACUACAGUGGAUAAUUCCCAGAAGGCGUACCAGGAAGCUUUUGACAUUAGCAAGAGUGAGAUGCAGCCAACACACCCCAUUAGGCUUGGCCUGGCCCUCAACUUCUCAGUCUUCUAUUAUGAAAUCCUAAACAACCCGGACAAGGCCUGUACCCUGGCUAAAACAGCAUUUGAUGAAGCCAUUGCUGAACUUGACACUUUGAACGAGGAUUCCUACAAAGACAGUACCCUGAUAAUGCAACUACUAAGGGACAACCUGACUCUGUGGACAUCAGAAAACACGGCAGAUGAGGGAGAGACCGAAGGAGGGGAAAACUAAUGGAAUUGCACUGUUAAUCCACCUACACUCUUUAUCUUAAACACAGACAGCUUAUAUACAUCCCCCUCCACUCCAUCAGCCCCUCCCACUUCUGUAUGACAAGCAGCCUGAAUUGCUUCCGACCAACUAGUUUACCCCUCUCAGUUCACUGUGAGGUGACAGGGUAAUUUUUUCAGUUGUUAGCAGAUUCAGUCACUCUGUGGAAAAUGUGUUGAUUAGCAAGUUCACAUUGCUGGUUUUUUUUAUUUUUUAUUUUUUUUAUUUUUUAUUUUUUUUGGUUCUUUGUCAGCUUUGUGCAAGUCUGCGUGUGGCAAGCGUGAGUGGAUGUGAGAGGUUGUGCGUAUGGUCUGUGGUGGGGAGGGGGGGUAUUGUGAAAUCUAAUCGUCCUUCCAAAGUCCUUGGUCCCCUGCUAGUUGUGCAUUUUUCAUCCCCCCACCCAUUAUUUUUUUUUCUUUUUGUUACGUUUAUUAUUUGUGAUUCCUUGUGAUAUUUACAGGUUUUAUUGUAUGGUAAUUAAACUGGCAGUUGAUUUCCACCAAACACUGUGAUGGUAGGCAUUCCAUUUGCUUCACAAGCCCCCCUCCCAAAAAACGUUUUUUGUUCAAAUUCUCAGACAUACAAUCCUGUAUUCAACUAACUGCAAUUCUGCUGUGGGCUCAUACAGAAAGGAGGCAGGCUGUAUUGUGACACUGACAUUUUGGUGUAAUGCUCCUUGAUCAUGUUCACAAAAUUCAGUUUAAGCUCUGAGGGACCCCUUAAAUUUGUCAUGUUCAAUUUAAGACAUUCCACAUUAUUAGGCUUUUUGGAAAGGCAGUGCUUUUUUUUUUCAUUUUGAACUAGGUAUGGGUUGUCAUUGUAGUUUUACUCACUGUUCAGGUGCUGCUUGACCUCAGUACAAUGGAAAUUGUAUGUGCGUAAAUGUGGUUCCAUGUAUUUUGCAAGAUUGACUAUCAUCUGUAUGUAAAACCUACAGUAACCUUUUAUUGAUGUUAAUUGAAAAUGUCUUACCACACUGUAUCAACCCUGCUUGCAAAAUAUUCCUCUUAAAGCGGUUGUUUUCUCCAAAAAAUGUUUUUGUGCCUGGCUUUCUCUUGCAGCUUUUUUUUUUUUCUUUUUCUUUUUUCUCCCCCAUUUAGACAGCAGCAUCUGCUUGUUGAUGAAAUCUCACAGAGAAAGAGUUAAACCAUUUAUUAAAAGGAAAUAGUUAAAUAUUUAUUAGUCUUCGCCCAGGUUCAUCAAUCUGCUGUUUAAAGGUAGCUGAUGUUAACGGAUUAUCUAAAAUCAGGUCUCCUUAAAAGUGUUUAGAAGGCCAUUUCAUGACUUUUGAAAAGAAACUCAGUGUCACAAUACCAUGUUAUCACCACUACAUUCCACACUCUUGUAGUUGAAGACACCAUUCCACAUUAUAGCUGACAGUCUGUUUACUCUGGCAGUGCUCCAAUGAAUUGAUAUAAUUUGUUGGGGGAAAAAAAAAUUCAUGUCAGUUUAUUAUUAUGCUUGAUGAAAAUGCAGUUAGUGAAUGUGGAACGAAGCCUGUCUGUAUAUCAGGUAUCUACUUGCUUUGUUUUUACUGACAAGUCUUAAUGGCUAAAAUUUGCUUCUGUAACAGUCUUAUUACCCAGUGCACACACGUGGUUGUGAAAAUUUAGAUUAGCUAUUAAAAAAAAACGAGAAAAGCAGUGACGAAAUGGAGAUAAACAAUGGUUGGUGUAAUUCUAGCUUUGUGUUUAUGUAUCUUAAAACCAUUCUAGUUUCACUCUACAUGUAAGAAAUAGGAACGUGUCAAAACCAUCCAGUGAAAUAAAGUUUCGUUUAAGAUAACAGGCAAA